AUGCCUCGCCUCCAGGAGCCCCUUCGCCGGGGGAGAGCCGGAGCGGCCGCCCUCGCGCGCCAGGGGAGAGCCGUCGCAGGUCGCCGCCCUUCGCCGUGGGAGAGCUGGUGCCGCUGCCCUUGGCUGCGGGAGUCGUCGGCAAGUCGCAGCCUGUCGCACGCCGUGGGAGAGGCGCCCCAGGUCGCCGCCCUUCGCCACGGGAGAGCCGGAGCCACGGAGCCGCCGUCCGUCGUGCGCCGGGGGAGAGCCAGGUUUCCUCCUCUGCUGCCGCAGGUACGGCGACGCCUCGCUCCCCCGCACAACACCGUCCUCAGGGUGUCAAGAAUUUCAUCACACCCAUUGCUUUCCCUCCGAGGUAGUUGCCGCCUGGAGCCAUGCACAAGUGUCAUCACCUGCAUCUCCUCUGUGUGUUCCCGUCUCUCCAUGACGCAUGUGGAUGCAGUCAUCACAUCUGUGUUUCUUGUAGUGAUGUUAACCCCAUAAAAAGGACUCGCAGGUGGACAUCUGCUAUAAAUAACUAGGUACUUCUUUCUCAUUAUCAAAGCCAAAGGCUCAGUGAAACUAUCCAAUGGAUGGACUGGUUAUUUAACACUGAAUCAUCAGAACUUUAUUCUAUUCUUUUAUCCUCUUCCACCCACUAAAACAUCUGCAUUGCAUGCUUCUUACUUCUCUGAGUGCUUAAAUAUAAAUAAGAAAACCCAGUUCUCUAUGGGCAUGAAUAAUCUUUCAAUUCAAACAUAAAAAUCAAAAUGUGGUUCCAGUUCCGGGAGGUAUGGCGUGGUUUCUUUGCUGGCAUGUGCAUGUGUUGUUUGUCCGUUGCCGGUGGAUUGCACAGUGGCGGUGCCGGGAGCCAGGGGUCAUCAGAAAAGAGACAUGCUGACGUCACUCAGAACGAGCCUUGCUUGGCAUUGACUGAAUCCUCCACAAAUUAUUUGAUGGCAAUUGAGCCUUGCUUGGCAUGUGCUUGGCAUUGAAUGAAUCAUAUAGUGGCUAGCUUGUAUCCCGGCCAACCUCUUCAUCUAGAUUUAGAAGCUAACUCACUUCAAAAGGAGGCCUGGAUUACCUUAUAUUCAGUAUUGAUCACACAUACCAGAUUUUUUUAAGAUGGAGAAGUCUGACAAUUGAAAACCUAUCCGAGAAUCAUGCUUGUUUGUGUGCUGCAAUUUGCACCUAGAGAGGUUCAGACGUCUGGCCAGUUAGGCACUGUCUAUUCAUCUGAACCUUCUAUUUGUCUGAACCCAACAAAAGCUUGCUAUAUACUCCCUCCAUUCCGAAAUAAUUGUCUUUCUAGCCAUCUCAAAUGGAAUACAACAUACGGAUGUAUGUAGACAUGUUUUAGAGUGUAGAUUCACUCAUUUUGCUCCGUAUGUAGUCAUUUGUUGAAAUCUCUAGAAAGACAAUUAUUUUGAAACGGAGGGAGUAGAUUGGUAGAAAUAAAAUAAAAUUCAUAAGUCACUUUAGUUUUCACUGACGCAGCUAGGGCCAGCCCCCCCUAUAAAAAGAGACAGCCUCAACAGUGGACGGGGUGGCGGGGCAGUCACCUAGCCACCAUACAGUAACUGCUAGGUAUACUUCUGGAAUGAAUUCUUUGUCGUAGUCAUCAGGACGCGGGAUGGCAUUGUCGGGAUACACGCUCACCAAGGUCUCCUGCCAUAUAGGCCCGUGAGAAAUCGAGGGCGUCUUGCUCUGCAGCAUCAUGACCACAAUGGUGCCUUGGUUUUGAAAAUACAAUUUGAAUGUCAUCACAACAUUUAGUACACAUUUUUUUCAACAGUUGUUUUAUUUUUUAUACCGUGUGAAUCUCCCUUGGUCAAUGCUUGAGACGUGUGUUACACAUGAUUAAUUUUUCACGACUUAUUGUUGUUGUUGUUGCCCACGAGGUACUUGAAAAAAUUCUCGACAUGUGGCGCUCUUCAAUGACAUGUUCUCUUUUGAAGAGCAAGCAGACAGGGCAUGAGAGCGCUAUGAUCCUACAAAUUCUUGACCGCUUCUAUACCCGUGUAUUUGUUUUAUCUGUUAUUUUUGACUUAUUUUAUUCUCUUGAGUACUACAUAAGAGGUGUCUUUGAAGAGCUUAAGAACGAUUUAUGGGUUGGAGCACACUAAUACUGUACUGAAAAGGGACAGACAGCCAACCAGGUAUGCAGUUAUACGCCUUUUGUUCCAUGUGGUUAUCAAAGUAAUUGAUGCCAUUUAUUACCGUAAUCCUAUCACAUGAUAUAUUCUUAACAAAGUAUUUGAUGCCAUUUAUUACCUUAAUCCUAUAAUAAGACAGUCUUAUUUUCUGGUCAUGGAAUGAGAGCUUCCACAGCUUAUCCAGGAUGUCUUGCAAGCCUUGCAAUUUUUAUUGACAUGUUUUAUAAAUGGUUGGAAUUUUUACUGAUAUAUUCUAAAGAUAUUCGGAUUGCACUCUUGCUGCCUCUUGAUUUUAUAUGUUUAGAGUAAUGCCCACCCAUCAUGUUAAAUUUCUCUGGUGCUAAAUCAAUCCCAAAUAAAUGUUACCAAUGUGUAAAAAAAUAAUCUGAUUAUGUUCUUUUAAGUUUCUUCUGAAUAUGAUCGUUAUACCCAUUUCUAGAUCGUUGACACUCUGCCGUAUUACAUGUACAGUGGUAGACUUUCCUUUUUGAUUGACAGAAGUAUAAGCAUGUAGAGGAACUGGUGGUCCACCUUGCUGCUACAAAUGGACAGCCUAAUUUUAUCCAUGUGUUGGACUAGAUGAUAUUUGAUGAUUUGAGCCUUACACCGGUAGGGUUUCCACAACACUAGGUAUGAUCUAAACAAUGGCUGAAAAUAUUUCUUGGAGCAUUUGUUUCAAACAAAUUUGUUGAAAGAUAUUUCAAAUAUUUUAGUGCAUGUGAUAUAUUUUAGAUAGUACGCUUUAAUGUGGUGUGGUACAGUUUGCCUUUUAUUUGAACUUCAAACACUUCUAAAAUAUAUGCAAGAUAAUUUUCCUUUCAGCUAGCGAAUGGGUUAAAUUCAUGUACACAUCAGCACUCGGUAUCUCUGUAUUCUUGACAUACAAAAACUAUAUGUGUGGGAACUCUUGAAGUAAAAUAUCAUAUUGUCUGCUCGAUUGUUAUUGUAGUAUGGCCACUAGCUGGUAGCAUGGCCACGAGUAACAACCUCUUUGACACGGCCACACGAUUCAGCCGGCGUCACGCUUAUCUCCUAAUUACUCGGUCCACAUCUAAGCCACUAUCGGCUAUACAGCACGUCCUGCACAGUUACUAUCAGUUUAAGUUUUGAACUGUAGGGGCGUGAGACUUCAGCAUGCUCUGUACAUAAGCAGGGUGUUGAGGGGCAGAACUGAAGGUGGAUUCAGGAGCAGUUAUCCCCUCCUUGUUUUCACUAGAACAACAUAUUACGCUGUGAAAGCAAGAUCAUGCUGUACAGGCGUGCAGCUGUGAGAAAUACAGCGGAUGGCUCCGUCUGAGUUCUCUGGCCCUCCUCUGCAAUUAUGGGGUGGGGUGCAUACUCCGCAGAUGAUGAUGGUUCAGCAGAGGCAGAGGCUUCAGAAUCAUCUGCGGAGUAUGCGAUAGGAGGCCGGUGCAAUAAAAGGGUCUAUAUAGACGAACGUAGUGGCCCAGGUCAUAAGCGUACAUCAGAGCCAGCCUACCAAUGCGGAUGGCAUCGGUUUUAUUACUCCACAGAUGUGGGUCAUCGGCCAUGAAAAAAGAUGGGAUAACAAAUGUUAUGGAUACAAGAUGGCAGCAUAAACUUUGCAAUUUUGUGAUUUGUGAUCCGGAAGAUCUUUGCCAUGCGGAGGUCCAGUGAUUCUGGCUGUAUGCACUGGAGUUUAAUCCAUGUAUCUGAACUAAUUAGAUAUCUAUCUAUGUGAAUUUGGAGAUACAUAAGUGUUUGAGAUGAUUUCAGAGUGCCAUUACCGGCCCCGUAGGUCCAUCGUAAUUCGAUUGUUCUGAUUUGUAUUCCUUUUUUUACUUAACGAAGAUGUAUUUUCACUAUGAAGUUCAAUAAUUAAUAACUAUUAGGUGUGUUCCGCAA